GCGGCCGCGCGGUCACCCGGACGUGGGGGCGGGGCGGGCGCAGCUCCACCGCCGGGCCGCGGCCGCCGGGCUCUGAGCGGCCGUUCCCGCGGCGGCCGGCGGGGCGGGGCGGCCCCCGCGACAUGCAGCCAUGGACUGCAGGACCAAGGAAAAUCCAGAAAGAACCUUUGACUUGGUAUUGAGAGUGAAAUGUCAUGCCUCAGAAGAUGAAGAUCCGGAGGUAUUGUGGAAGUUCCCAGAGGACUUUGCAGACCAGGAAGUACUACAGACUGUGCCAAAGUUCUGUUUCCCCUUUGACGUUGAAAGAGUGUCUCAGAAUCAAGUCGGACAGCACUUUGCCUUUGUACUGACAGACAUUGAAAGUAAACAGAGGUUUGGAUUCUGCCGACUCACAUCGGGAGGGAAAAUCUGCUUAUGCAUCCUCAGUUACCUGCCAUGGUUUGAAGUAUAUUACAAGCUUCUAAAUACUCUGGCAGACUACUUGGCUAAGGAACUGGAAGAUGAUUUGAAUGAAACUCUCAAAUCACUCUAUAACCAGCCAGUACCAAAGGCAAACACUCCUGUCAAUUUGAGUGUGAACCAAGAGAUAUUUAUUGCCAGUGAGCAAGUUCUGAAAGAUCAGCCCUCCCUAGCACGGCAUUCCUACUUCAUUGCCCCUGAUGUAACUGGACUCCCAACAAUACCGGAGAGUAGGAACCUCACGGAGUACUUUGUGGCUGUGGACGCGAACAACAUGCUGCAGCUCUACGCCAGCAUGCUGCACGAGAGGCGCAUCAUCAUCACCUCCGGCAAACUCAGCACCUUAACCGCCUGUCUCCAUGGAUCGGUCGCCCUGCUCUACCCGAUGUACUGGCAGCACAUCUACAUCCCAGCGCUCCCUCCUCAUCUGCUGGACUACUGCUGUGCCCCAAUGCCAUACCUGAUCGGAAUACACUCCAGCCUUAUAGAGAGAGUGAAAAAUAAAUCAUUGGAGGAUGUGGUUAUGUUAAAUGUUGACACAAACACUUUAGAAUCACCAUUUAAUGACUUGAGCAGCCUACCGAGUGACGUGGUCUCGGCCCUGAAAAAUAAACUGAAGAAGCAGUCUACAGCUACGGGGGACGGAGUGGCUAGGGCCUUCCUGAGGGCGCAGGCUGCUUUGUUUGGAUCCUACAGAGAUGCACUGAGAUACAAACCUGGUGAGCCCAUCACGUUCUGUGAGGAGAGUUUCGUCAAGCACCGCUCAAGUCUGAUGAAACAUUUUUUAGAAACCGCAGUUAACCUCCAGCUUUUUAAGCAGUUUAUCGAUGGUCGACUGGCAAAACUAAAUGCAGGAAAGGGUUUCUCUGAUGUAUUUGAAGAAGAGAUCACUUCAGGUGGCUUUUGUGGAGGGAACUCGAGGUCAUAUCAGCAAUGGGUGCAUACAGUCAAGAAAGGAGGUGCACUACUCAACACAGCAAUGACCAAAGCAACCCCCGCUGUGCGAACAGCAUAUAAAUUUGCAAAGAAUCAUGCAAAGCAGGGAAUAAAGGAAGUGAAGAGUAAGCUGAGACACAAGGAAAAUGAGGACGAUUAUGGGACUUGUUCUGGUUCUGUACAAUAUACGCCCGUCUACACGCUACGCAGUGAAAAGGGAAGAAACCUAGCAAGGCGUAAGCUUGCCCAGCCGCGCCUAAGAAGGACUCUUCAGAGCCUGGAUGGUGUUCUGUGCGCUGACAAUGAUGAGGACGCAGAAAGAGCUAGCAAGUUGUCCUCUGAAGACGGAGAAGAAGCGUCUGCUUAUUUCUACGAAAGUGACGACUCUCUUGAAACCAGAGCACAGGCCCCUUCCUCGGGUGAGAUGGACUUGCUGGGCGAGAUCCUGGACACGCUGAGCACGCACAGCCAGGACCAGGGGAAGCUGGCGGCGGCCAGGAGCCUGGACUUCUUUAGGUCGAUGGACGACAUUGAUUACAAGCCCACGAAUAAAUCCAACACGCCCAGUGAGAACAACCUGGCCCUGCUUUGCGGUGGUUCCGGUGACCAAGCUGAGUGGCACCUGGGGCAGGACGACAGUGCCCUCCACGGCAGGCAGCUCCCGCCCUCGCCCAGGAAGCGGGUGGCCUCCAGCGCGGGAACGGACUCUCUGUCCAUCCUCAAAGAGGAGAACGGUGAGCGACGCCUCGGCGUUGGUGCCGCGAGCCGGCCCACAGAGCUGGGAGAGCCGGACCCCGCUCCAGGACUGGGUUUGCCGCUGGCUUCGCCCGGAGCUUCCCAAACAGAGAAGAAAGAAACACUAAGCCAGACUCCGGGUGAUCCGCUGGUACCCAGCCUUGGGCGCCGUCCGUCUUUUGUUCCUUGGGAGAAAGAAGGGAAAGGAGCCAAAGAGACUUCAGAAGGUUCUGGACUGCUUCAGGAGGUGGUGUCGUUAUGCCACGUAACAUCUGCCUUCCAGCAAGACUUAAACAUCUCAGAAGGAAAAGCAAGUGGAAACCAAGCUUAAAUCAACAAAUGAAGAGUCCGUCGCUUGCAUCCAAGCUUCUACGGAGACAUUUUAGGAGUCCCUGUAACCUAUCAUAAACAAGGAUUGGUAGAAAAGACAACUCUUCCUACCGUCUAAACAUUGUUUUUCAUUUGGGACAUUUCUCCCACUCGUCUGUCUCGUGGUAUAUAGAUUUAUCCACUGAUUUUUAAAUGUAAAGCUAACUCUUCUACUGUGCUCUUAAAUCAGGUACUAGCUUGUAUGUAUGUUGAAAGUAUAUAUUGAACAUAUGAUUUCCCAGUAUUUGGUGCUUAACGCCACUUAUUUUAUUUAAACGAAGUAUACAUCUAACCCUUGCACAUAACCAGUAGCUACUGUACUAACCUGGUUGAGCAUGAACUGGCCAAGAUACCAAAACCUAUCAGAACUAGCCUGAAACUGUUGACCAACUAACUGCCUUAAUCUUAAACCUAUAUUAAGCAUACUUACAUAAUUUAUGGAAUUGCAGGUAAAUUUUGAAAGAUAAGUUAUAAGUGUUCUGCAGAGCAAUAAUGCCUUUUUCUAUUCAUCAAAUCAAGGACAAAAUUCAUUUUUUCAAAGUUAAAAAGCUCUCUUCUGGACACUGCAGCCAUGUUUUCCAAAAGGUAUAAAGGUUCGCAUUUACCUUACAUGUCACUCAGCGAAAUAUAUGAAGUGCUGGAUUACAAUGUGAAAUUAAUGACUUCUGUUUACAAAUGACACUUUAAGUUUUUUCACAGUCUUUCUGUAUGACUUUGCUAAAGUAGGAGUCACCCCCAGGAAGCCAAAUGUGACAUAAACUGUCCUGAUAAAAAAGUGUUCCUAUCUGUUUUUCCCUUAACUAAUAAUUCUCUACCAGAAUGCUUCAUAUCAUCUCAGAUGGACUUCUUAAAAUAAUUGACGUUAUAUUUUGGAAGUUUCAAAUUUAUAGAAACCGUGUGGAGAAAGUACAGUGUCCCCAUGUCUCCCUACUCAGUUUCCGCUGUUUUUCAUAUCCUGUGAUGUCAGUGCAGUACGUCUUCACAAUUCAUGAACCAUGCUCCAUGCACAUUUCCUUAGUUUUUCCCUGCCAUCCUUCUUCUGUCCCAGAAUCCCACCCAGGGACCACAUCACACUUGGCUGCCACAGCUCCGUAGGCUCCUCUUGGCUGUGACCCUCUCUCAGACUUCCCUGGUUUUUGACGACCUUGACAGUUUUCAGGAGGACUGGGCAGAUAUAGAUAUGCUGUAGGAUGCCCCUCUGCUGGAACUUGUCUGGUGUUUUUCUCAUGAUUGAUUGAUUGUAACGGGACGGUUGGGUUUUGGGGAGGGAGUUACAGAAGAAAAGUGCCGUCUUCAUCAUUACAUCUUAUCAAGGGUCCAUGCUGUGCACAUGAUUUGUGAAUGUCGAUGUUGGCCUUGGUCACCAGGCUGAGGUGGCGUUUGUGGGGUUCCUCCCCUGUAAAGCCGUUCCUUCCCCUGCCGCUCCUACUGCCGUCUUCAGGAGGAAGUCGCCGUGUGCUGCCCACACUGAGGCUUGGGGCUCGUGCUUCCUCUCUGUGAGGGCACGGAAUCCACGUAAAUUACUUGGAAUUCUUCUACAUGGGACAUCGUCUCCUGUCUCUCAAAUUCACUUUCACGCUUUGAAGUUCACCUGAGAAGGAAUCGUGCAUUGACUGCUUGAUGAUUGGCUAGAUAGACAGGAGUAAUCAGGAAAAAAAUCCAGUGAUGCUAUGGUUCAUUUGUUGUUAGUAUGUUCAAUAUAUAUACUCUAUACGUCCCCACUCAUGAUUUUUGUUUACAUUAUCAUUUUAGGAAAGGUGUUUGAGAACCCAUUCAAGAACCCUCAUCAAGACUGUGCUCUAAAAUAUUUACUGAAAUCAUAAUUUAAUUUUCAAUUAAAAUCCUGGAAGGGGGUUUGUUAAAAACAUUGCGUAAAAUAUUCAUUCAGGUCAGUCUUUAAAUAAUUUAAAGAAAAUGACCAAGUUUUACUUUUCUAAAGUGCAUUUCAAACUCUCAAUGGAUAUAUUUUGGGAGGACAAUUAUUCAUUCAUGUUUAUGAAGGAAAACAAGGAAGACCUUGUUUUCCAUAUAAGGAUAGAUUCUGUAUGUAUUAAGGAAAAGGGUGUUUAAUCCUUUUUUAAAUUUAAUCCUUUUUUUUAAACACAAAAGAUUCAAGGUUCCUGUCAAAUUUUGCUUUUAUAUACUCGUUACAAAAUUCCAUUUUAUUUAAUUGAAAGAUAUAAAAAAGUCCAUUUAUCAGAAGAGCUAUUUUAAAUAAGAAGGAAAAACUGUCACUCUGGUCGUUAAUCUGCUGGGCAAAUAUUCUUCAUAAUUUUUGAAAAGAAUGUAAAGCAGCCCUUUAAUGUGAAUAUUGGAAUGAGGUAUUUUUCCUUCAGAAUUCACUGUCUGGAGACUGGGAUCAUUGUGAGUGUAGCACAGGCACAAUUUGGGUUUUGAUCCAUUUGCUUGAUAAGUUUCAAGGCCUCAGAAAUGUGAGUUUUUUUCCUGUCUUUUGGUCCCCUCACCAGAUGUCUGACUGCACUGCUGUGUGUGGUGAGGGUAUUCAUCCACUGACAAGUCACAUUUGUGUCAAGAUAUUUUAAACUGAAUUUGUGCCUUAUUUUAACAUACAAAAUCAGCUCUUAUAUUCCAUGUUAGAAACAAAAGCAAAACCCCUGCAUGUUAUUCUUGGAAAAACUCCAAAAGACUAGUAGCAAGUAUUCGUAUUUCAAACCGUUAACAUUUUAAGUAUUCAAAGUCUGCUCUGAAACUAGACUUCCCAGUAUUAUGGUGGCUGUACAGAGAAUGAAGUGACAUUGAGGCGAGUUCUGAAAUAAAAGUAUUUUUCCUAUCUUCACAUUUUCUAUUAUAACUAAACCAAAUAUGUGUAAACUCUCCUGCUGUUUGAAUUCUUUUUUUUUUUUUUUUUUUUUACCCCCAAGGAGCAACACCUGUUAUACAACAGAAUUGUAUAAACAAAUCAGACCUUUGGCUCUGAGGCCCAGUCUUUAUGUGACCUCUAGACAAAGUCACAAUUCUCCCCAAAUCCCACUCUAGUUAUUAUCCUUUUGCCCUUGGGUAUUGCAUCCAUGGUAUUUCAGGGGGAUAGAAGAGUCGUGUGUGAAUUUAGGGGCUCUUGUUUUGUUAAGUGAGACUGUGUUAAGUGGUAUAUUUUGAUGGCUACCUACUUUAGCAUAUUUUAGAAAGGCACCAAAAUAUAGCAUGAGUACUUUUCUGAUUAAAAAUUAAAAACUCAUUUAGGAACUAUUUAUCAGCUGUUGGUACUGGUCAUACACAAGGUACAGUAACUGUGGACAUAGGGAAAUAAAAGAAUUGGCCUGGUCCCUGCUGUGCAGGAACUAAUUAAAAGGAAAAGGAAUUGUAAAUCCCUGUUAACAAUAAUAACGAUAAUGUAUUUUGCUUAGAAGUUAUUCAGCCAAGAUUCUAUCACCAAAAAAAGGCCUUUUAAAGCUGCUUAAUAUAAAACAUGCUCUAAGUACAGAACCAUUGUACCAUUUCUAAUUUGAUUAACUUUCUCUACUGUUAUACAAAGUACAGUAAUGCUGCUACCUAGGAUACCUACUUUUAAAGGCCAGAUUCAGAGGCUCUUAGAAACUAAGUGUUCUUGUUUACCUGACUGUCCAUCACCACUCUGCUCUCCUAUCACCAGGCAGCGAGGCUCUGAUGAAACCAUGUCCCUUUGCACUACUUAGGGCCACGUCACUCGAAUCAGGAUUAACUGAGCAUGCAGAUGCAUGUUGAUGGGAUCUCGUUUUACUGUCUUUACCUUGAUAAUAGCAUUCUCUAGAAACAGCCUCCCCUCACACACACACAUACACUUUUAAACUAAAACUGUCUGUGACAGUGCUGUUGUGAGGAGUUUGUGCUCGUAUCCUAAUAAACAGGACCCAGGAAUGCUAAUGAGUUCAUCGUUUCUGAAGUAAGGUGAAGAAGUAGACUGCUGAUAAAGAGGACAAAACUGUGACUAUUCUCAUAAUUAGUAGAUCUUCUUUUCUAGAAAAUCUGAAUUUUUCAGGAAAAGAUUAUUUUCAUGAAUAAAUUUUCUAAUCUGAAUUCCAUUUUGUUUAGCAUACAAUAUCCUGAUUCUGGGUAGAUAUUUGUAUAUCAGAAUAUAAAUUGAAGAAUGUAAAAUGAACACCCAAACCUAAUUCCCCCAGACCACUUCUUAAUAUAUGAAAUGCUUUCUACAAACUGUCAGUAUUGACGUCUUUCCUCUGUCGAGCCCAGGAAUCUGUUAGUGUCUGUUUCUUAAAUCUUGUUUAAGAGGCAGAGUUGUUUUGAGCAAAUCAGUUAACAUUGUGAUUUGGUCAAGGUAGGGAAUUAUGUGUAUUUAGAAAGAAGCAUGUUUUAUUUUGAAAAUAAUAGGAUUUUGUGCAAUAUUUUUUCUUGCAUAAUUUAGUUCAUAUAAAUACAUCUGCUUUUCUAGCAGAUGCCUUAAGGUCAUGUUUUUCAGUAUUUGUGUAAAACUGUAUGUAGCAACAUUCCAUGUGAUUUUAGAGAAAACAUAUUCUUUAUACCGUUGGCAGGAGAAAUGUUUUUAUUUAAAAUAAUUAUGAAUAUUGCAUUAAUAUAUCAUAACUGCCUCAGCAACAAUAAAUAUGCAACAAGAAAAUUCUGAACCUUAGAUUACUAUUGACAAUACUGUUACUUUAAAAGAAAUGUGUAUAGUGCAAAAUGCUGAUUCUUCAUGUGUACAUUUAACAAAUAGUUCUGUACCACAUAAAUCUAGAUGGCAUUUCUAUGGUGAUGACAAAACAUAUGUCAACUGUAAUAUCCUUUGUGAUGAAUCUUUGGUAAGAUUUAUAAAGGGCAUUGCCAAUACUUUUUGACUGUGUAAAUUAAGUUAAUUUUUGUAUAAUGUACAGUUUGUUUAACCUUAGAGCUUCUAUAGAUUUCUACUUUUGUUAUACUUGAAUGAGGCAGAAGCACUGUGGAAAAUCUGUAGCUCUGGAUGUGAUAUGCAAACAUACCAAAAAAAUAAAACAAGGUACUGAACAGCAAACUUAACCAGAUGCUUUCUAUCCAGAAAGCUAUGUUUUUUCAAACCAUACUUAAGUGAAGGAAUUUAAAAUAUACAAUCUUUUAUCUUAAAAGAUUGCCAAGUCACAAAUGAUUACCUCUUUGAUAUGAUAAAUCUCUGAGUCUCUUCGUCUCUGUGUUACUUCAUGUUUUGGAAGAGAGCCUUGUUGAGGUACAUUGACAAAUCUGCCCUUUGGUUGAUUACAUGACUUUUAGGACAGGCCAGAAUUAGACUCUGUGCAUCCUAAAUGCACCAUGUGUGUUGAGUCACCAUCCUUCACAUAGUCUAGUUUCCAUGUGGUUAUUUUGAGAACCUUUAAUAAUCAUAUACCAAAAAUGAGAUUUCUUGAAACUGUCAUGAUUCAGUACUUAGAGCAAUGCCUAAAACAACAAGUAUGAACUGCCUAAAACCUACAGUUUAAAAUGCAUAAAGCUUUUUUACACAAAAGGUACAUGAGAGGUUAAAAACUGAACUUUCCCAAAGCUUAUUUCUCUUUCUUUAAAUGAAUAACUAUUUGGAAGGACUGAAAAACUCGAGCUUUUUGCUAGCCAUGGUGACUGGUAUCCAUACACACCUUCCCAGCAUCAAGAUGUGCGUCAUUGUUCUUGCAUCCUUGAGGCUACAGGAUAAGAGUCAUCUCUAAAGCUGACUACUAUUGGGAGGACUUUGUAAAAGUAUUGUUUGGGGAAUUUUAAAAAAUAUAUGCAAAAGUAAAUAUUGGAUGAAUGACACAUUACCAUAAAGUGCCCAACGAUGCAGGUUUAAAAUAAAGUUGGUCAUAAUCAAAA